UUAAUGGUGUUGUGGCGUCUCGCGAUGGAGCAGCGAAGGUUCAGCAUCCGGUGCUUGUUCCUAGCAGUUUACACACUUCUCAUACUGAAGGCCUACUGUACUACACACUGGGUCGUCACCGAAGAUGGCAAAAUACAAGCGCAAAUGGAUUCAAUAUUCCAGUUGCGGAGGCCUUAUGAUUUUUUGGCAUUGGCUCAACAAGAGCAGAGAGCCAUGCAAGUUGAGUCAUUAAAGAGAGAUCUUGUCUCCCAGAAGUCACAGAUUGAUCGCAAUGAAGAUAAAGAUACGCAGCUAGAAGAGAGAAUAUAUCGCACAGACUCAGACUGUGUUCUUGCUGGCCGACCACUCACAGAAUUUGAUUUGUAUGCCAGCACUGUGGUCAACAUGGAGAGUGCAGGCAUUAGGUUGGACGAUCAUUUUGGCCCACCCCCUGGUGUGUCAGACACUUUGCAGGAGCCUGAUUGUGUCUCUUCUUUUGACCUCCCCUUUUCAAUGUUUUCCUAUGAACAUCUUCAGGGUAUCCGUUUCCGAGACAACCUUACUACAAGUGCAGAAGAGGAGCUAUCCACUGUUGGGGGUGAGUCAGAUGUAUCAGUGUGGGGUCACCGUGUUGCCACAGCUCUCACUGCCAACACCUCUUCUUGGGUUCUCUACACUUUAGCAACACAAUAUUGGCGAGUAAAGGCUGAUCCAUUUCAAGCAAUUGAAUGUGUGCGAAGAGCAUUGCACUUUUCACCAAGGAAUUACCGUUACAUUCCAAAAGUUCACCUUGGCAAUGUUCUGCAUCGUGCUAGACGGUCAGAUGAAGCUGUUCUGGUUCUUCAUGCAGCAAUAGACCAUUACCGUCAUUCUCCAGUGGCACAUAUAACUCUUGGAAAUGUAUAUGCUACACUUGCCUUUUAUAAUGUAUCUGUUUUAUGCUUUGAGAAUGCCUUGUACAUGUCUCCGGGUGACCAGAGUUUACGGCGUAGGAAACACGCGGUUCUUUGUCAUUCCAAGCUUGAAGCGGCUUUAGAAAAUCAGCAUCAAUCACUUCAGCGUACUUUAGGAGAACUGAGAGACUAUCAGAAACGUCAUGAAGAAUGGUUAUCCCUCCAGCAAAAGCUACUACUGGAACAGGCCACUCCAGAGAUGAAGCUGGAGUCAAGGUUGGAGUAUGAGGAACAAAAAAUCAGAGAGAGCACUGAUGGGAGAGAUAACCUCUUCCAUCUGCCAGGCCAGGACUGUUUCCAGUACCAGCAGGAUGGCCAUACCUUCCUCAGCUGCAACAUGAGGCGGGAUCAGCUGGAGCAGCGGGGCUCUCCUUCAGAGCUUUUGCUGGACCUUCAGAGUCUUUUACACACUGUGGAGUCUGAAGCCCUCAGGCUUGGACAACAUGUGCUCAAGAGGAAACCACUAUUAAUGUCACAAGUCCCACAGAUAAUGCCAUUGCACCCAACCAAGACUUAUCGGAAUGGUGGUGCUCCAGGUGUACUAGAUAUGACGUUAGGUGAGGGCUUCCCAACGGCAGAACAAUGUGAAAAAGCUCCUCUCUUGCCACAGUGGGAUGAUUUUCCCUCUGUGUUCCUUCCAGCGGAAAAUAAAGGAUUCUCUGUAGAUCGUUUCCUAAGUGAUGACAUUGAUGUAAGCUUCAGUGAGGAACACCCUUUACCCUGGCAUCCACCCAUUUGUGAGAGACUGGCAGAUACAGUUGAGGGGAUCGAUGACAUCCCUGGUAUCAAGGAGCGUCACACACUCACAACACGGAAUCGCGACCCUCAUGCUGUUCCAUACUUAAUGAAGUAUGGGUAUCAAGGUGUGGAGGCUGAAAUCGGACAGCGUAUCAGCAGUGCCAUGAAAAGGGGUGUUGGACCCCAGUGGCUACUUUAUAACUUAGCGGGUCUGUAUUGGCGAGUUCAUGGUAAUCUCUAUAAUGGAGUGGAGUGUUUACGCCGUGCAGUAGCAACGGCACCAGAUGAGUGGCGAGAUGUUCCUCUGGUCAACAUAGCAGCAUUGCUUUACACUGCUGGGCACAUUGAUGAUGCUCUUACACUAACCCUCCAGGCAACGCAAGUAGCUGAUCAUGAACCUGAAACUAAUUUCCUGUUAGCCAAUUUAUACUGUGGAAAGGGGAACUUGACUGGUGCAUGGCAUCAUUAUGAGCGUGUUUUAGCUGCCUCACCCAAUCAUUCAUCUGCUCUUCAAUACCUCACUGCCCUUGCCUGUCACACUCGACCUCCACACUCCAUACGCCCUUUGCCCACAUGCCAAAACCAGGGUGGGGUAGAGGAAGGAGUAUGUACAACUGAUGGUGGCUGCCAGGACUUAGCAGGUAUUGCAUCUAAUGAAGAGAAAAAUGAUGUAGAAGAAGUGAUCAACUUAGAUAUUGAAAAUGAAACUGAGGAGGAAACAGAAGAGGAAAUAUCUUCAACUCCACCACCAGAAGUAACAGAAGAAGAAAGCACAAAAGAGAUUAGUGAUCCACAGGGACCUGAAGCAAAGCUUGGAUUACCUAAUAAGCAAAUUCAUGUCCGCAUUGGUCUGGGUGCUGAAGAUUCAACUGCAACUUAUACUACUGCCGAUGUUGAGGGAUCCACAAACCCAGACACUCCAGUCAUAGAGGAUGACCCAUUACCAGAUGUUCUUCUACGGGUGAGAGAGAGAGUAGCCUCCCCCCCUCCACCACCUCAUGUUUGUGAUCGUGCUAAUAAACUGAGCGACGUCAAACAUUUCACAUCCACUUGGCUCUCUGUUUCAGCAAAGAAUAUAGAUAUAUCUGAAUAUCUUGUGGCGAGUCCUGCAGUGGGUACCCCACUAGAGGAGCCUAUAUGUAGAGGAGAUUUGCCAGCCUCCAUGCACACCCUCGAUCAUUUAGCGGGUAUUAGACAUCGUCAGCUCCUUCCCCACUUCCCUGAAAUGGGUCUGCGGGAAGCUUUACAGACUCUCACAGACCGGACUCCUGUGUCUGUUGAUUUGAUGGCAACAAGAAUUGCGAGAUCACUUCAAAAGAAUGAAACUUCAUGGGUAGUUGCAACAGCAGCAGCUUUAUACUGGCGAGUAGUGGGCAGUGGGGAGCGAGCAGUAGACUGCUUGAGGCAUACUUUACACCAUGCUCCACGCCACAUGAAAGAUAUCCCUCUUAUAUCUCUUGCCAACAUCCUACACAGAGCGGGUCUUUACAACAAUGCUCUUGUGGUAGCAAAUAUGGCAUUGGAAAUUUCACCUAAGUUUGUUGUCAUCCAUUUUACGAUGGCCAAUAUAUAUGCUGCUAAGGGUGAUCUGGAGAAAGCAACUGCCUUUUAUCAAUCUACAUUAGCACUUCAGUCCUCCUUUGAGCCAGCCAGAGAUAGGUUACGAGCUAUUCAAUGUGCCACACUUAGUGAUGAGACCUCUGUAAAAAACUAGGAGUGCUCCAGGUGAUUCUGUUGAACAUUAUGACUUGCUGAAUGUGCCAUAGUUUUCACAGGCAGCAGCUGAAUACCAAUGCAAGUAUUAUUAAAAUCUAAGGGGAAUGUAUACAAUAUUGUAAGAUAUUACAUAAAAAGCAAUGUAAAAGAAAGAAGCUAAUAGUGACGACAUAACCAUUGCCACGUAAUUUGUUUUGAUGGAUUUUUUUUUUUACUAUACUUUCAUUGCUGAGUUUGAUAGAUACUGUAAUUAAGCCCCUAGACUCACACCAUUUUUUUUUUUUUUUUUUUGCGGUUAAACGGCAUGGUGGCCCGAUCCAUGCUGUCACAUCAACAAAAAACAUAAAAUUACACCAUAUAAAAGUAAGUCCUUUAUGUUUAAUAUGGCAGGGAGCGUAGGCCCCUGGCUAAGAAGUUAGGUAAGGUUAGGUAAGUUUCUUUGGUUAGGUUGGUGCCAUCUGCUAACAAUGCUUCAGCCUCUUGUGUUUCUUAUCGACUAAGGUUAGGUUGGGUUUUAUUUAGAAAUAACCCCAUUUUAAUAUAUUUGCUCAAAUUACAACAGUGUCCGCUGCAAAACACAUUGCAGCAUUUUUGAAUUAAUUUUCUAUGAAAAUUCAGUGAUAGGCGUGUCGUCAAUAAUUACCAAGAAAGAUAUAGAAAAUGUACUUCCUCUUACUAUAAUUAGACCACAAUGAAACUUGUUAGGGGGAUUAUGCUUAGACUGAUUUGUGAAAGUAAAAAGUGACAAGUUACAUAAAGAACUUGUAUACUGUAUUGGUCAAAUUUAUUUUGUUUUAUAUGAAUGAUGCUGGUAAAUACAUUAUUAAUAGCAUAUAACAACAGAAGGGUAUGAUUCAAUGGGUCAGUCUUUAAUCACGAUAAAGAAAAAUAUAUUAAGUACCGGUACAGGCAAAGGAUAAGAUUUUGAAAGUUACCUUAAUAGCUGGAGAAAGGAUUUGGAUUGAAUUGGGCAGCAUGAAUUGUGAGGGAGUAUUUUUGUUAUAGGUGUUUGAAAAAAGAAAGAAAGAGAGAAAGCUGUUUAGAGUAACAUUGGAUUCAAAUUGACUUUAAUGCUCUUGUAUGAAGUUAUGGGCAGCUGUGAAAGUACAGUACAGUACUGUAUAAAUUUUAGCACUUAAUGAAAGAAUAAACCCUAUUAGAUGCUCCUAAUUUAACACCAUAAAUGAAGACUAUAAGUAACUAACAUUGUUGGGUUUUUUUCAGACUAAGUUCUUAAAAUUAGAAGAAAAAACUUUUAACCAAAAUUGAUUAUAGCAAAAUUUUAUGAAAAGUUUGCUUACUUAAAAAUUUAUUGAUUUUGUCAUUUUAAGUACAGUAUAGCAUAAAAAGUUUCAUGUUUAUGCAUACAGUUAGUUUGCUACUAUUUUUUGGCAUAUAUGGUAGGUCCGAUGUGCUGAGGCUUGGUAAUUGCAUAUAUUUUAGAUGCCUAGAUUCAGUUAUAUGUCAUGCCAUAGCCUGCUAUGGCAUGGGUGUCUCUUUUUCUUCUCAGCACCACGAGAAAUCUCACUUUUACGUUUGCCAGCCAUUUUAAAGGGAAUUACAAACGAACAUUUUGUCAGUACAAAGUGCGAUAACUAACGUCGGUACUAGAAAAUACAUAAUUUGAAAAAUAUUUUAUACGACCACGGCGGUCGUAUGUCCGGGUUGUCGUAAGUUGAGUAUGUCAUAAUUCGAGGAGUACCUGUACGUAUUGUCUUUAUAUACAGUGGUUAAGUUUUCAAAAAUUAAUAAAAAUUCCCAAAUUUUUAUUUGAAAAAGGAGAUAUUUUAGACACACAUGAAUGAGAAUGGCUUGGUACAGUACUUUAGUUUUGUGAAAUUUUUGGUAGUAAGAUGGUAGUUCCCCCCUCCCAUUUUUAUGGGGUUGCUAUUUUGGUUUAAAUUUAACCCCCAAUUGACACAAAUGUGAGAAUAAUGUACAAAGAUAUGGUGUGUAUAAUAGGAAUGAGCACAAGAUCAUGUGAUGAAUAUGUAAAUAGAUAAAGGUAGAGCAUCUCUUAAUGUUAACUGUACAGUAAUCAGAUUUUUUUUUUUUUGUGAUUGAGACAAGAAUACUUUGCUCAAAUGUACUGUAUACAGUAUAUACACACUGCCUCACAAUAUUUUCUUAGUCUUUAAAGGAAAAAAAAUACUAACUACUAAAAGUAUUUAAAUCAGUAGCCAUAGUCAAAUAUUCAUUAUUUGGUGCAGAUCUAAGAUGAUUUAAGGUCGUUUCAUUUACAAUAUUUAUGGAUCAUGUAAGAUUUAAUUUUUAAUGUAAGUGUUUAUUUUUAUAUGUUUGAAUUACUGUACUGUGCACAAACUUUUUGCUUCACAAAUGGUAAAUUGCAUGUACAAGUAAACCAAAAUUUGCUGCUGUUGGUAACUUAUAAACUUAUUUAUUUUAGGAUCUACUUUAUGUUUGCCGAUUUGAAAAUGUGUGAUAUUCAUACUUUAUUAGGAAUGCAUCAUUUUGAUCAUAAGCUGCUCAAAUGUUGAACACACAAAACAGUACAGCAUUCCCUCAUCAACAGCAGGAGUUACAUUAUAGAAUUCUACCCUGGUUGGCAAAGGUUAAGCAUAAUAAAGGAAGUAACUUCAAUGUCCAGCUGAAAAGUUGAAGAUACGUAUAGGGUGUAUGUUAUACUUUAAAAAAUAUAUUAUACUGUACAGGCACUGUACUUGAAAAACAUUGUAAUGGAGCAGGUCUCCCCUGAUGCUGCAUGCCUGGCUUCAAAGUUUUACUGCUUCCCUGGCAAUACAACUAGGAGUUUGAAGACCUCAUACCAUACAAGAUUUUCAUAUGCAAAGGUGUGUACUGUAUGAGUAAUUUUAUUUUAUUUUUUUACACAAGAUCAUACACCUAAGGGCCAAGAAUACAGCUGUCAGAGUAGGCUCCUGUCUGUUUGUAUGUCUGGCAGCUUUAUAUCUCAGUUAUCCCAUAGCACAGGUACUUGUAUUUAUUUUUCUGUUUUAUUCAGUAUUAACUUGUUUUAUUAUACUGAUUUAUUGCAUAGUUUUAUUUAUACAUAUCUCAGUGAAAAUUUGUUAUUGCAUAGAAAUUUUUAAAAUCUUCAAAACAUAUAACCAGAUAUAUUAUUCA